AUGCCUUCGAUUGCAGACAUUCCUUGCGAGCUGGUGUCAUCCAUUCUGCGAAGCCUGGACGAUUUUGAGACUCUUACCUCAGCUUUGCUCGCAUGUCGCCAUAUUUAUACCUCCUUCAAGCAGAUCGCUGGCACUGAGUUGGCCAUUCUUCGUCGGAAAAUCGGGCUAGACCUACUCCCAUAUGCCGUCGCGUCUUUGGAAGCGUCAAGACUAAAGCCAAGCCCAGGUGACGAUAGUUCCAUCCGCGCCUUGCUCGACCUACUCUACGAUAACCCUUCACAGUUGGUGGCCAGAACCGCUUCGAUAUCUUCAGAACUCUUGCGAAGCAUGUCGCGCAAGCAUGACUGGGUGACUACUCUAGCACUCAGUUAUGCGGCAGAAGCUAAAAUUCACCUCGCCUCUGACAUCGCAGCAUCACCAGAGGCCGUCGAUCUGUCUCCUCCCGAGUACAUCCGCUUCUGCCGCGCCUUCUAUCGCGUCGACUUAUUCUACCUCCUUUUCGGCGCGGUCGGAAACUUCAACGGACUGUCCGGAAUGGGAAACUUGCUCUUCCACAGACAUCCGCCGUGGGUGAACGAACAACUUGGCUGCGUACAUGACUUCAUUGAGGACAAGUUUCUUGAAGCUUCCAUCGACGUCCUUGCCCACGAUGUCACCUUCGGCGAAUAUGAGAUCGACUAUUUGACAACCGGCGGAGAUAACAUGAUGAUACAGUCAUGGGCAGUCAAUGCCGGCACGACUAACCUUCCCGAUGCGUUUGGGUGUAUCAUGGAUGACCAUGCUUACAACAACACCGACUUGGAAGACUUCAGUGCAUCUGAGCUUGCGACGAUAAUUCCCGCCUGCGACAAUGUUUGCAACACGGACAAGGGCCUUACGCGGACCCGAGAACAAUUGGCUGAGGAGACGUGCAUACGUCUUUGGGAUUGGGUCUACAUUCGAGGGCCCGACGUUCUGAAGCUGUUUGCCAUCGCCAGAUGUGAAGACGAUGGUCCUUCCGCUGAAGCAUUGGAGGAGAUGGAAAAAUCCUUCAAGCAGAGAUCCUUGAUCUGGCAGACAUCGACCAUGACCCAGGCCAGUAGCGGGAUGCUCAAUAGCAUGUCGCAGGUUCUGAUGGUUUACCAAUCUCCUGUGUAUCGCGCAGCUUCCGAUCACAUUUGGGUCGAAACGACAGCUUGGGAACUAGGAGAUGAAAUCGACAUGUCGGAACUGGCCAUGGUUCAGAGAGGUCUACACAUCGGACGUGGGUCCGGACCUUCAAAUUGGAAUAAGCUUAGUCAUGCACCAGUCCUCGGUGAAUUGACCCCAACGUUCACCGAGACGAGAAGCUCCCCAAAAAAAGCCCACGAGCUACAUGAAACAACGUCACCGGCUGGCCAUUGCAGCCACAUGUCUUCUCAUAUCAAGCUCUCGCGGCUAAAUCUGCGGCCAUUGAGCUCAAGAUGCAGCGCGCAAGCUACGCGACAGCAGAGACGAUCUCACCAUGACUUCAAUCACUUUGUGUGCCGGUCAGAUGCCUCUGAAGCUACACUCCAAUCGCCGAACAAAUUCAAGUUAGCGGUAAAGGACAAUAUCGCGACCGAAGGGCUGCCGACAACAUGCUCCUCCGCCAUCCUCUCCUCCCACAAAAGCCCCUACGAGGCCACCAUCGUGCGCCAGCUCCGGAAACGAGGUGCUCAAGUUGUAGGGAAGACAAACAUGGAUGAAUUCGGCAUGGGAUCCCACUCGCUGAACUCGAUCCACGGGCCUGUACUCAAUUCGCUGUCUGCGACGCCGACCUCUGCUGGCGGAAGCUCAGGAGGCAGCGCUGUUGCGGUUCAGACUAGCGAAGCGGACGUCGCGCUCGGGACGGAUACGGGCGGUUCAAUUCGCCUUCCUGCGGCGUACUGCGGUGUGGUUGGAUAUAAGCCCUCCUAUGGCAUGCUGUCGAGGUUCGGGGUUGUUCCGUAUGCGAACUCCUUGGAUACCGUUGGUCUGCUUGCUAGGGAUGUUGAUGUUAUCGAGGAUUUAAUGUUCAGCACGGGACUAGACGCGGAACAUGACUCCCAGGACCCGACAUCCUUGUCAAAGAGCUUCCGAAAGAAGCAGCAGAGUCAAGCGGCCACUGGUCGGUCACGGCUACGCAUCGGCAUUCCUCUAGAAUACAAUAUCGAGGAAUUGGAUCCCAAGAUCAAAGCAGCCUGGUCUGACGCAGCAGACCUUUUGCAGAAAUCCGGCAUAGAGGUGGUUCCGGUAUCAUUACCGUCCACAAAGCACGCUCUAUCAGCAUACUACGUCAUCGCACCGGCAGAAGCAUCUUCCAACCUCGCCAAGUACGACGGCGUCCGCUACGGCACCCGCGGCGACGAGAGCGAUGGCGCUGGCGAGGUCCUCUACUCCAAGACUCGCGGUCUUGGCUUGGGCGAGGAAGUCAGACGCCGCAUCCUCCUCGGCGCCUACAGCUUGAGCUCCGAGGCAAUGGACAACUACUUUAUCCAAGCCCAGCGGGUGCGCAAGCUCGUCCAGCGAGACUUUGACCGCGUCUUUAGGCUGGAGAACCCCCUCUACGACGAACAGCAGUUCGACUUGAGCGAUAUGAAGGAUGAGGUCGAGCUUCAGGAUAAACUCGGCCCUUCGCAGGUGGACUUCUUGUUGUGUCCUACUGCGCCGACGUUUGCACCGCGUAUUGAGGAUAUCAAGCGGCAGACACCGGUGCAGGUAUACAUGAAUGAUGUCUUUACAGUGCCGGCCAGUCUCGCUGGGCUGCCGGCCAUCAGCAUCCCUACCAAGAUCAAGUCGGAGGAUGAAGAGGUGGACGGUAGCCAGCGUGUCGCGGGUCUCCAGCUGAUCGGUCAGUACUGGGAUGACAAGCGGUUGCUCAGCGUGGCCAAGAAUCUCCUUAGCCAGUUACUUGCUUGA